AUGUACGCCGCACAGCCCAACGGCGCCGAUAGUGCAACAAUCAAUCCCGCCGCGCUUAACACAGACCUGAUCGAUCCCGCCCCUCGAGGCGUCAAGCGCAGCCGCUCCCCCGACAAUUUCGGGGACGCUGGGCCUCCCGGCUCGGCUGGUGAUGACGGUGGUGACAAGCCGAGGAAGAGAGGAAGACCGAUGAAGCCCAGAACAUCCGGGGGCGCCCCGGAGGCCGCCGCCCCGGCAGCUCUGCCCCCUCUCCCGCCCACCCCUCAGACGAUCCCGCCACAAACACCCCAGAGCCAGAACACACCCUUACCUGCUCAGACGCCCACGUAUGCGCCCCCCCAAACCUCGCCGCCCAAGUCGACCCCGACAAAGUCGACGCUGAAGGCGCUUCCGACGGUGCGCGAUCACACGACGGACCAGCUCGGACCGGGAGGGGACGAGUACCUCCCGCGCGAGAUUGACGAGGCUGGCGAGAAGAAGGUCCUGCCCAAUGGCCAGCUCACAGGAAACCGCGAAUACCGUUGCCGGACCUUCCACGUUCCGAACCGCGGAGACAAGCUCUUCAUGCUCGCCACCGAAUGCGCCCGUGUUCUCGGCUACCGGGAUUCUUACCUGCUCUUCAACAAGAACAGGUCGCUGUACAAGAUUAUCGCCAACCAGGUCGAGAAGGACGAUUUGGUGAACCAGGAAAUCCUACCCUUCUCGUACCGGUCGCGCCAGAUCGCCAUCGUGACGGCAAGGAGCAUGUUCCGGCAGUUCGGGAGCCGGGUCAUUGUCAACGGGAGGAGGGUUCGCGACGACUACUGGGAGACUAAGGCGCGCAAGCAAGGCUUCACCGAGAAUGACCCGGCCGGGGAGAAACGACCCGGAGCGUCCAAGGCACGCGAGGCCGAGGCGAACCACAACGCAUCGCUUCUCGGAGCCCCCCAUGGCGAGAUUGUUUACAGUACCAACCCCGGCCAGUUCGGUGGGGGGCCUCAGCCGCAGCUCGUUCAACCAGGUAUGCUUGGAGGUCCGCCGGGAAGCUCGACCAGAAUGCCUGUGAUAACACUAGGACCAGAGUAUAACGAUACCCGGAGCCGGGACUACUCGAGCAUUCUGAAGACGGGCCCACGGCAGGAGAUCACGGGACCGCCCUACCAGGAUCGGAUCCAGCCGUCGCCCGUCUCAGAGUUGCAUGCCCAAGCUCACCACGCGGCCGAGUUCAACCGGUCUGUUAACCAGCAGCGAGACAUGCGCAGCGACUACAUGCAGAGCAUCUGGCGGAGACCGCACGAGCAACCCCCUCCCACCACGCUGAGCCAGUCGGUCAGCUCGACCGAUGCUACCGUGCCGACUAGCCGCGCCGGCACGGCACCCCACGCCACCACUACCAACCUGCAGCAACCCGGCAUCGUUCCGAAUCAGAGCCCCAUUAUGAUGACGGCUGCUCCCUACUCGCAGCCCAUCCACGCGCAGAAUCCCGUUGGCCAAAAUACGCUCAGAGGUAUGGCCCACAACCCGGCUCAGAGCACAUCGAGACCAACGUAUCCGUCUUCAGGCUCCACCGGAACCCUGCCGCAUACCACGCAGCAAAACUACAGCUACUCGCAAAACCAGAUGUGGCCCCCUACGCCGCAGACCCCUCAGCACGGCUACUCGGCCUACACGACCCAGUCUCAGCCGUCUCCCCACCCGCAGCAGUCUCCCGCUCCGCAGAUGCGGCACUCGAGCGCUUCAGGGCCGGUCCAGCCGGGCGGCUUGUCGUACUCGGGGAUGCCGAGUAUGGGCCAGGGGUACGGCCCCGCCGCAACGCAGGGAAUGUAUCCCGCGGAUCAGACACCGCGGCAGUACAUGCAACAGAGUCCGCAAGCGCCGGCGGUUACGCAAGCCUGGUCGCAGCAGCAGGCUACUCCGGGGCAGUGGUGGACCAAUCAGCCGCAGUGA